UGGAGGCGGCGGGAGCGGCUGCCGACCCCGGCCCCGCUCCCGCCCGGCCCCGCUCCCGCUGAGCCCCGCGCUCCCCUCGGGAGGCAGCAUGAGCAGCGGCGGCGGCGGCGGUGGCGGCGGCGGCUCCUCGGCACCCGGCCGCUUCGCCGACUACUUCGUCAUCUGCGGGCUGGACACUGAGACCGGGCUGGAGCCGGACGAGCUCUCCGCUUUAUGCCAGUAUAUACAGGCCUCUAAAACCCGAGAUGGUGGCAGCCGUUUCAUUUCAAGUGCAACAGAAGGGGAAAACUUUGAACAGACUCCGUUAAGACGCACAUUUAAAUCCAAAGUUCUUGCUCGCUAUCCUGAGAAUGUUGAAUGGAACCCUUUUGACCAGGAUGCAGUGGGAAUGCUGUGUAUGCCUAAAGGGCUUGCUUUCAAGACACAAGCAGAUUCCAGAGAACCUCAGUUCCACUCUUUCAUUAUUACUCGUGAAGAUGGCUCACGGACAUUUGGAUUUUCUCUCACGUUCUUUGAGGAGGUCACUAGCAAACAGAUCUGCAGUGCAAUGCAGACGUUGUAUCAUAUGCACAAUGCUGAAUAUGACAUUCUUCAUACCCCACCCACAAAUGACAAGGAGAGCUGCAGCAGCACGGGAGACUGCAAUGGCACCUCUGUUUCAAAGCUACAGCGUUUUAACUCCUAUGACAUCAGCAGAGACACGCUCUACGUCUCAAAGUGCAUUUGUCUGAUUACUCCGAUGUCUUUUAUGAAAGCUUGUAAGAAAGUACUAGAACAACUUCACCAAGCAGUGACUUCACCUCAGCCGCCACCGCUACCUUUAGAAAGCUACAUCUACAAUAUUCUCUAUGAGGUUCCUCUUCCUCCAGCAGGAAGGUCAUUAAAGUUUUCAGGUGUUUAUGGACCAAUUAUCUGCCAGAGGCCAAGCACCAGUGAACUACCAUUAUUUGAUUUCCCAGUUAAAGAAGUUUUUGAAUUGCUUGGAGUAGAAAAUGUGGUUCAACUCUUUACCUGUGCCCUCUUGGAGUUUCAGAUACUGCUUUAUUCACAGCAUUAUCAGAGGUUGAUGACUGUGGCAGAGACCAUCACAGCACUAAUGUUUCCAUUUCAGUGGCAGCAUGUGUAUGUUCCUAUCCUUCCAGCAUCCCUCCUUCAUUUUCUAGAUGCUCCAGUCCCUUACCUCAUGGGCUUGCACUCUAAUGGGCUGGAUGACAGAUCUAAGCUGGAACUUCCUCAAGAGGCUAACCUGUGCUUUGUGGAUGUAGACAACCAUUUCAUCGAGCUGCCAGAAGACCUACCCCAGUUUCCAAAUAAACUUGAGUUCAUUCAGGAAAUUUCGGAGAUACUGAUGGCUUUUGGAAUUCCACCUGAGGGAAACCUUCACUGCAGUGAAAGUGCCUCCAAGAUGAAGAGCCUCAGAGCAUGUGACCUGGUUUCUGAUAAAAGAAAUGGGAACAUAGCAGGAUCACCUCUGAAUUCCUAUGAGCUGCUAAAGGAAAAUGAGACUAUUGCAAGACUCCAAGCACUUGUUAAAAGAACAGGUGUGAGUCUAGAAAAGUUGGAGGUGCGAGAGGAGACCAGUAGCAAAAAGGAUCUGAAAAUUCAGUGUGAUGAAGAAGAAUUCAAGAUUUACCAGCUGAACAUUCAAAUUCGUGAAGUUUUUGCCAACCGCUUCACACAAAUGUUUGCGGAUUAUGAAGUAUUCGUCAUUCAACCCAGCCAGGACAAGGAAUCUUGGUUUACAAACAGAGAACAGAUGCAAAACUUUGAUAAAGCAUCUUUCUUGUCGGACCAGCCUGAACCUUACUUGCCUUUCCUCUCGAGAUUCCUGGAGACCCAAAUGUUUGCAUCCUUUAUUGACAAUAAGAUUAUGUGCCAUGAUGAAGAUGAUAAAGACCCUGUUUUGAGAGUAUUUGAUUCUAGGGUGGAUAAAAUUAGGCUGCUGAACGUCAGGACGCCGACUCUGCGCACAUCUAUGUAUCAAAAGUGCACAACCAUUGAUGAGGCUGAGAAAUCUAUUGAAUUAAGGCUAGCAAAAAUAGAUCAUACAGCAGUCCACCCACACUUGCUGGACAUGAAAAUUGGACAAGGGAAAUAUGAGCUUGGAUUUUUUCCCAAGCUUCAGUCUGAUGUUUUAUCCACUGGACCAGCAAGCAACAAGUGGACAAAGAGAAACGCUCCUGCACAGUGGAGGCGGAAGGACAGACAGAAGCAACACACAGAGCACCUGCGUCUUGACAAUGAUCAGAGAGAGAAGUAUAUACAAGAAGCCAGGAAUUUGGGCAGCACUAUUCGGCAGCCCAAACUGUCUAACCUCUCUCCAUCGGUAAUUGCACAAACCAACUGGAAGUUUGUAGAAGGCUUGUUGAAGGAAUGCCGAAAUAAGACCAAGAGGAUGUUGGUUGAGAAAAUGGGUCGAGAAGCUGUGGAGCUGGGUCAUGGUGAAGUGAAUAUCACAGGUGUGGAAGAGAAUACCCUGAUAGCCAGUCUGUGUGACCUCUUAGAAAGGAUAUGGAGCCAUGGUCUGCAAGUCAAACAGGGAAAGUCAGCUCUGUGGUCUCAUCUGUUACAUUACCUAGAAAACAGGCAGAGAAGAACCACAUCAGGCAGCUUCAGUACCUCAGGAAUACUUCUUGAUUCAGAAAGGCGAAAGUCUGAUACCAGUCCAGCCAUGUCACCUCUUAGAAUCUCUCUCAUCCAGGAUAUGAGGCAUAUCCAGAACAUUAGUGAGAUCAAAACAGAUGUUGGCAAGGCCAGAGCCUGGGUUCGUCUCUCUAUGGAAAAGAAGUUGCUCUCUAGGCAUCUGAAACAGCUGCUUUCCGAUCAUGAACUCACAAAAAAACUCUACAAGCGUUACGCAUUCCUCCGCUGUGAUGAUGAGAAAGAACAAUUCUUAUAUCAUCUCCUGUCAUUCAAUGCUGUUGAUUACUUUUGCUUUACCAAUGUUUUCACAACAAUCUUGAUACCAUACCAUAUAUUGAUUGUUCCUAGCAAAAAACUUGGUGGCUCAAUGUUCACAGCCAAUCCUUGGAUCUGUAUCUCGGGAGAACUGGGUGAGACAGGAGUCCUGCAGAUUCCCAGGAACAUAUUAGAAAUGACUUUUGAGUGCCAGAACCUGGGAAAACUGACCACAGUGCAAAUAGGACAUGAUAAUUCAGGGCUGUAUGCCAAGUGGCUCGUGGAAUAUGUUAUGGUCAGAAAUGAAAUAACAGGGCAUACUUACAAAUUUCCCUGUGGGAGGUGGCUUGGAAAGGGAAUGGAUGACGGCAGCUUAGAGAGGAUCCUGGUGGGAGAGUUGCUGACUUCGCACACGGAGGCUGAUGAGCGUCAGUGCCGGACCCCUCCCCUGCAGCAGUCACCAAGCAUGAUCAGAAGAUUUGUCACUAUAUCACCCAACAAUAAGCCAAAGUUAAAUACUGGUCAGAUCCAAGAAGCUAUUGGUGAAGCUGUUAAUGGGAUUGUCAAGCAUUUCCACAAGCCAGAGAAGGAGAGAGGCAGUCUGACACUGCUGCUGUGUGGAGAAAGUGGACUUGUUUCAGCUCUCGAGCAGGUGUUUCAGCAUGGAUUUAAAUCACCAAGACUCUUCAAAAAUGUCUUUAUUUGGGAUUUUUUAGAAAAAGCACAAACAUACUAUGAGACCCUUGAGCAGAAUGAGAUGGUCCCAGAAGAGAACUGGCAGACAAGGGCCAGGAAUUUCUGUCGCUUUAUCACUGCUAUCAACAACACCCCAAGAAACAUUGGGAAGGAUGGCAAGUUUCAGAUGCUGGUGUGUCUUGGAGCCAGAGACCACCUUUUGCACCACUGGAUCGCCCUGCUUGCAGACUGCCCAAUUACAGCACAGAUGUACGAAGAGAUAGCGCUGAUCAAGGAUCACACGCUGGUGAAUUCUUUGAUUCGAGUGCUGCAGACCUUGCAGGAGUUCAACAUCACGCUGGAGGCAUCUCUCGUCAAAGGAAUCGACAUUUGACCUCUCGUCCCACAGGAAAAACUGUCUUUACAAAAACAAAAAAAAGCAACAAGGAGUGAAUCUCGUUAGUAUGCAAAAGUUCUGUCUUGCCAGUACAUUGUAUCGUGGACUCGUUCAUGGCCCAAAAAUGCAACUUUGACUUUUCUUGAAGGAAACUCCAAAAACAGUACAGGCAAAUGGAUAGAAGCUGUAAACUCAAUGUAAAAAAGAGGAUUUUGGUAUAAAUCUAUUUUAGAGUUUAUUUGCUGAUUUGCUUUUUACACACUUUCAUGUGAAAGAGAUAGAGAUGAGUAUUGUGCAGCUUAUUUUAAAGCUGCAGUAUUUCCUUGCCAUAGAAAAUGUGCAGUGAGCCUUUCAGCAUUCUGUGAACUUGCCUUCAGAUAUGCUGUAUGUCAUAAACCCCAAUGUAUACACUCCAUUUCUGCUGAGAAGGUCAUUCUAUAGUUUUUAAACUAAUAUUUUAUAUAUUAACAUUAUUACCAAUGUUUGAUUUUUAACGUAUUGGGUCAUGUUCUGCUGCAAGGGAACUACAGAUCUGAUGUGUGCUUUUUUUUUUUAAUAGCUCCAAAGCACUGAUUAGUCAGCAAUUAUUUUUUUCCUUUAUUUUUGUUGUCAGUAUUAUUUUUAGUGAAAUCCAGGAGACUGAACCAUGAAAUGUCCAGAGAUCAAAGUAAUAUUUUUCAUAUUGGUACGUAAUUGCACAGAAGAAGAAAUUAAGUCUGUUUUUUAACUGAUGUUUUUUAUUUAUUUAACCUAUCAUUGUGUUUUGUAAGUUUGUCUUUAAGAAAAAAAGUCUAUGAUACAACUGGCUAAAUUAUGUUGCAAUUCAGAUUUUACAGUGUAGCCCACUUAAAUGAAAAACCUGGAAUAAUUGUUCGUAACACAAAAAUGUUUUCACUUAAACCAGCCUUUUGAAGUUUGGUAUAUGGUUGCUGCUGGUAAUUCUCUUAACUGCUAAUAAAGAGGGACACGAGUUCCCCAAAUGCCAGAUGACUAAAUAAAUAUGGUUAUGCCCCCCCCCCCGAAAUAAUAAUGGUAUACCUUACUAACAGAUAUAAGGAUUCCUUAAUGUUUCUGAAAAGACAGUGAGUAUUAAGGCUUUUUCUUUUCUUUUUGAAUGCAUAUGUCUUAGAUCCUGUUGUCACAGUCUGCUUCAUUUGAGAUGCUUUGUUUUUAGCAGAGAAAGCUUUACUCCAUUUCUACUAUAAAACACAAACAUUUCGAAAGCUUAAUUUAUUGGAGAUCUGGAACUUGGCAAAUGCCUAAAGGCAUCUCUGUUCAUUUGAAUCCUCUGAUAAAAAUCUCUUUGAAAUGAAUAUGUGACUUAAGAACAGGCUGAUUUAUCAGCAUCACAAAUUACUGUACGGAAGUUCAGGGCUGUGUAUUUAAGAGGUCUCCACUGUAUAAACUUAUCUCAGUAUUGUCUCUCUUUUGAGAAGCAGAGUCCAAGUUUUUUUUGUUCAUACAAUGUUGUAGCACUUUUUCUUUACCUACAGCUUAGUCACAUCUUGUGAUAGUUUUACUUCCAUAAUUUAUGAGUAUAGCACAUGUAUUAAAUUUUGACUAUUUUUACUUUUGUCCUAUUUAUUUCAUUAUUAAACGGAGAAGUUCCUUUGUCACUA